AUGUCUGGCAAUAACUCAACUCAAUCUCUGCCACCAGAGAUCUUGAACCACAAUGAAGGACCCUCUCUCAUCAUUGUGAGCGCGGUAUCGAUACCUUUCGCCCUCGGCGUUGUGGCUAUUAGGGUGUGGGCUCGACAUCGAAAGCGAAUGGCCCUUGAGCGUGACGAUUUCAUGAUACUGCUGUCACUACCAUUACUAUGGGCGACUGCUGGUGUUGCUAUUGCAUCUGUGACGUAUGGAGGAGUUGGGAAACCAUUGGCAGUCAAUAUGAUGCAAGAUCCAAACCGUCUCGGGAGAGCGCAAUUAUGUCUAGUCUUGACCGAAUUUGUCUACGGCACAGUCCUCUGCACCAUAAAGGUCGGCAUCCUCCUAAUGUACUACCGAAUCUUCCCAACGAAAUCCAUGCGAAUUGGCGGUUACAUCCUCGGAGGAAUGACAUUUUCUUGGUGGAUAGGCAUCAUCUUCGCUUCGAUCUUCCAAUGCUCACCGGUCGACAAAGCCUGGAAACCGUUCAUGAAAGGGGGCACUUGCUUGGAUAAGAAUAAAUUCUUCAUUGGCAACUCGAUCCCGAAUAUUGUGAUGGACGCUAUGAUUAUCGCGUUGCCAGUCUUUGAGGUGUCAAAGGUGCAGGUGCCGAGAUCACAGAAGAUUGCGAUUGCGGGGAUAUUUUUGCUUGGUGGUUUGAUCGUGAUUAUCAGUUGCAUUCGGUUGAAAUACAUUGUGGCGCUCCUCGAAGCCGGUCAAGAAGCAGACUUCACUAAACUCAUCUCCACACCCUGGAUUUGGACAGUAAUCGAACCAUCAGUCGGCCUCCUCUGCGCCUGUCUCCCAACAAUGCAACCACUCUUAUACGUCCUCUUCGGCCGCUUCAUUACCAAGACUACACAAGAUCGUAGUAAAGAAGGAAUCAUCACCAUCGGGGGUAGUGGCCAAAAAUCAGCAGACAGACAGAAAGGUCCGGCCAAGGAUGGACCGUUUCGCAGACUGCAUGAUAAUGACUCUGCUGAGGAGCCUGUCUUGUGGCCGGAGACGUACCAUAAUCAGCAUAAUACUGUGGUGGAGCACUCGAAAGGGGUGGCGGUGGAUGAGAUUCCGUUGGGGACUAUUGCGGUGAAGAAGGAUAUACGAUGGGAGGAGUCAUGA